AUGAAGCCAGAAGCUUGCCGACCGAACCGAGAUUACACCGGUAGGCAGAAGAAGAAAGCACUGGCAAUGCCAAAGGAAUCGGUCUCAUGCUGUCCCACAACGAAGAGUAAGGGCGAUUGGAUGAAGAAGCUCACAGUUGAAAUGAGAACGUUGCUUAUGAAUUUGCUGAAUAUUGAAGCCAAAGUCAUGAAG